AUGCUCCUACUCCUCUGGACCACCACCAACCUCCAGGUGACGCAUUCGUUGUGGUUCCCGCCGCAGCUCGUGGUCACGAGGCACACCAUUCCCAUCACAGGCCUGCCGCCCGCGCUGGCCGACGCCAAGAUUGCGGUGCUUUCGGACAUACACUUCUCGUCACACUACACCCAUAUCUCCCAGGACUUUCUCGAGUCCGUCGUGUCCACGGUGAACAACCUGGAGCCCGCGCUGGUGCUCGUCGUGGGCGACGUGGUCAACAACGACCCCGGCUCCGCCGCCACCAUCGGCCGUGUGCUCGCCCAGUUCAAGCCCUCCGCCGGUCCGCACGGAACGCUGGUCGUGCUCGGCAAUCACGACGACCGCGCAAUCGUGAAGACGCUGCGCGAGCUGGGGAUGGAGGUGCUCGUGAACGAGGCCAAGUACCCGCUGGGCCAAGGGCUGGCCCUCGUGGGACUCGGCGACGUGUGGCUCGGCGACUUCCAACCACAGAGCGUGCUCGACGGCCUGCCUCCUUCUGAGCCACGCAUCGUGUUGAGCCACCACCCAGACACGGCCAACGCUCUGCGCAAGUGGCGCGUGGACCUCCAGAUCGCGCUUCCCUUCGUAGGCGCCGUGCUGCCGCUGCUCCACCGCAUCAAGUCCCUCCUGCCCCAGUGGCUCCACGAAAAGAUCCCAUACCUUGGCUAUACGAACGUGAUGGAGGACUGGGACCUGGUGUACGGUCUCCACGACGUGCAGCGUGAGGGCGUGGUGGAGGCCGAUGGCGAUCCCGCCAACCGUGUGCUGAUCACCGCUGGCGUGGGCACCACCCCGCCAUUCCGCCUCGGCAUCCCGCCAGAAGUGGUGCUGCUCACCCUGGUGCCCAGAUCCUGA